AAACACGAAAGGCCCAGGGUUACAUCAUCAACUUUAAUAAACCCUACAUAUAAAUACGAAAGAAACAUCGUGACAAAUUAAUCGUAAAAACCCUAGCAAGCACCGGCGAAGCAGCAACAAUGGCAGACGUUGAGGUAGAUGCAGCAGCAGCCGCCGCCGGAGUACCGAAGAAGAGAACAUUCAAGAAGUUCAGUUUCAGAGGAGUUGAUUUGGAUGCACUUCUUGACAUGUCCACUGAUGAGCUUGUUAAGCUCUUCAGUGCUCGUGCUCGUAGAAGGUUCCAGAGAGGUCUCACUCGUAAGCCCAUGGCUCUCAUCAAAAAGCUUCGCAAAGCGAAAAGGGAGGCACCACCUGGUGAGAAGCCAGAACCUGUUAGGACCCAUCUUCGUAACAUGAUCAUUGUACCUGAGAUGAUUGGGAGCAUUAUUGGAGUGUACAAUGGGAAGACCUUUAACCAGGUUGAAAUCAAACCUGAGAUGAUCGGUCAUUACCUUGCUGAAUUCUCAAUUUCAUACAAGCCUGUUAAGCACGGUAGACCUGGUAUUGGUGCUACUCACUCCUCCAGGUUCAUUCCUCUCAAGUGAAUUACCUUGUUUGGGAGAUCAGACAUGUACUUUGCAGUUUAUUUUGAAGGAAAAACCCAAGAUGAUUUUGUUUCUUAUGUUAUGUUUAGUGCAAUUUUAUUUUGAUUUCAUGGUAGUUGUAUAACAAUGUUUUGCCAUUGACUUAAUUACAUAAUGACCGAAGUAUGCUUUGGUUUGUUUGAGUUUAUUAUCUUCUCUUAACUGCUUAAUGUAAGAUGUUUAAGGUUUUAUGCAAGGAUGUCUAAAUAGUUAUUUUACAAA